CAAUAUUUCCAAACCAACCUUACAAAAUCUAAGAUGGCAUCACGAGGACUUCUCGAGCUGCUUGGCAGCGGCCCCGUGGCGACGGCGGCUGGCAUCGCUGCCUCCGUCGGUGUGGUAUUCGGCGUGCAGCGGCUGGUCCCCACCAUGGAUCCCACCUGGUAUAAGUCGCUCAAGAAGCCCAGCUGGACGCCACCGAACUACGUCUUCCCCCUGGUCUGGAUCCCCCUCAAGACCAUGCAGUCGGUCGCGCUGUGGCUGGUGUGCUCCAAGGCCAAGAGCGUGUCGUCUCUAGCUCUGCCGCUGGCGGCCUUCGGCAUCCACAUGUUCCUAGGCAACUGGUGGAACGUGGUGUUCUUCGGGCGGCGCCAGCUGGAGGGGAGUCUGCCCUGGAUGUACGCCUUCUGGGGCUCGAUUGCGGCCUCGGCGGCGGCCUUCUACCCCAUCAGCCCUGUUGCCGCCUACCUGAUGCUGCCCACCCAGGUCUGGGUCACGAUUGCCACCAAGCUCAACUGGGACAUAGUACAGAUCAACAAGGGCAAGUAACCAAGCAUAGUGUCGCCCAGGGACCCGAGGUUGCGGGCCGCAGAACAGGCCCCACCGUUGCGGGCCGCGAUAGCAGCGAAUCCGGACGGCGGACGCCAUACCGUAGUGCAGACGAACUGCGACACCUGCAAGACGGUGUCUGUAGUAAUGAGGCUGUAAGUUGCGCUGCGCGUGUGUACAUGAGGAGCAUGCGCACAAUAUGCUGCAGCGUCGUUUGCCAUUUACGGGAUGGCUUCGGGCAUGUGCGUGCAGGUGCAGGGUGCGUAGCAUACGAGCAGUGCGGUGGGGUGGGCGUUGAGUGCUCUGGGAUGGGGGCGCGGGGAGGGACUGGUGCUGGGUUGCUGCUGCUGCGUUGGUGCAGGACGCGGUUUAGAGGCGGGAACAAUUACGGUAACAUUCAGCGGCAGGAUUAAUAGCAAUGCUUGACGACUCCAUUGGAAUGUAGGAUGCCUUGUGUUGCUCUGUAUCCAGCUCUAUCAGCGCAGUCCUUGGCGCAGUCUAUAAAUGUGCGUAGUCUGUGCCGUGACCUU